AUGCUAAAAGCUGAACUAUUAACAAUCUCCAUAUUUGUAUGUAACAUACUGGACGCUCUUUACAUGCCUGAUCCACCUGUAUUUACUGCUGCAGAACAUUAUCCAUGCACUUGUUAUCUCCCACCAGAUUCGGGGUUAUGCUCAACCAGUAGUGAAAAGAAUAACAGAAUAGUAGACAAAAAGGAAAAACUACACAUUAGUUACUACUUUGAUCAAGUAACUGAACAAUGUUAUCCAUUUGGUACACAAACUUGUGGUGGCAAUGAAAACCGUUUCGAUGACAUUUCUUCCUGUCAGAAUUUCUGCAGGAAGCGUUAA